AAAAUUAUCUCAUUUCUCACUAAAAUUCCAAGCCUAAAUCCUCUCUGAUUUCGCAAUCUCACAAUCAAAAUCAAACAAUUCUCAGAACCCAAUUCAAAUUCCUCUUGAAUUCCAUGAAUUGUCACUCCUUAAUUUACAAAACCCAGACACCAAUACAAUGACAAAGCCCGAAACGACGGCAACAAACUCUCUAGUAUCGCCAACAUCGUCCCGAUCGUUAACCGAAACGGUGAAUGGAUCCCACAAGUUCGUGAUCCAAGGAUACUCAUUGGCAAAAGGAAUGGGUGUGGGUAAACAUAUUGCUAGCGAUAAUUUUACGGUGGGCGGGUAUCAGUGGGCCAUCUAUUUUUACCCCGACGGUAAAAAUCCAGAGGAUAAUUCAGCUUAUGUUUCGGUUUUUAUCGCGCUCGCUAGUGAAGGUACUGAUGUAAGGGCCUUGUUUGAGCUCACGCUUGUUGACCAGAGUGGGAAUGGAAAACAUAAGGUUCAUAGCCAUUUUGAUCGCGCUCUUGAGAGUGGUCCCUACACACUUAAAUAUCGCGGUAGCAUGUGGGGAUACAAGCGAUUUUUUAGGCGAGCUUUGCUUGAGACAUCUGACUUCCUGAAGGAUGAUUGCUUGAAAAUCAAUUGUACUGUUGGGGUAGUGGUGUCAGCAAUAGAUUGUCCACGAUUACAUUCAAUUCAGGUGCCAGAAUCUGAUAUAGGAGCACAUUUUGGCAUGCUGCUUGAAAAUUUGGAAGGUUCAGAUGUUACUUUUAAUGUGGCAGGGGAAAAGUUUCAUGCUCACAAGUUGGUUUUGGCAGCCCGCUCCCCCCUUUUUCGAUCUAAAUUUUUUGACAUUGAAGAAGAAGAAAAUCAAGAGGUUCUUAUUACUGAUCUAGAACCUAAAGUUUUCAAGGCCAUGUUGCAUUUCAUGUAUCGAGAUACCCUCACUGAAGAUGUAGACACAGAGACAUCUAGCUCAUCUUGCUUCUCUGCAGUAUCGGAAACAUUAACAGCGAAGCUGUUAGCAGCAGCAGACAAGUAUGGUCUGGACAGACUCAGAUUGAUGUGUGAGUCUCAUCUCUGCAAGGAUAUUUCUGUGGACUCUGUUGCCAGCAUUUUGGCUUUGGCGGACUGCAAUCAUGCAACUGAACUAAAAGCUGUUUGCCUAAGAUUUGCUGCUGAAAACCUUGCAGCUGUAAUGCGGUCAGACGGCUUUGAGUACCUGAAGGAGAAUUGCCCAUUACUGCAAUCAGAGCUACUGAAGACAGUGGCAGGUUGCGAGGAGGAAUGCAGCAGUGGAGGGGGAAAAUCUCGUAGCGUAUGGGCCCAACUCUCAGAUGGUGGCGACACGAAUGGUAGGAGGGUAAGACAGAGAACCUAAUAUCCGAAGAUUAGUCUUUGUAAAUGCAGAUGAUGAUGAAAAAAGAAAAAAGAAAGAAAAAAAGAUUAGGAAACAUGGACAUUUUGUAAUGUGGCAGGAGUUGCUAAUGUAAUUAGAUUUUGGAGGUCUGUUGUAAGCUGUGAUGGUUGAUAACUGUGGUUUGUAUACUUGGUUCCACGUAGGUAUUCGACAUACUCAACUCAACUAAGCCUCAAGUCUCAAGCUUAGUUUGGGUUUGGACAAGUCUAGGACAUGGCUCUGUAUUUCUUUUUCUUUUUGUUCCCCUGUAGUGUUGCUAACACAUUCUAAUCUUUCAAGUGCAGAGAAUUGACUUUUACCUUA